ACCCACAUUUUUCUGUCUUCCCUCUUUUCGUCUCUCAUUGUAACUCGGCUGUUGGAACUGGUUUCCUGACAGCUGGAAAUUCUCAAUUGGGUUGCGCUGUUUGUCUGAGACCAGCAUAUACCAGAAGCAUACCUGAAGUUGGCCAGUCGACAGAGAUCUCGUGGAAAUUUCCACUGAUCGCUGUUCCAAUUUGGAAGUCUUCCCUGAAUUUUUCACACCCUCACUUCAUCCUUUCCAGUGGCUCCGUCCGACGUCAUGGAGCUGCUUCUUUCCAAGAAGUCCUCGACUUUGAAGAAGGGGACAUCCUUGUCGUUUCUCUUUCAUUCACAGAAACCCACUUUCACACGACUGCCAGAAGGGCCGACCCGGUACUAUGACUUUGUUGAUACCCCUGAUAUCUUCAGGCCGUCUUCAGUGGUCGAUCGCCAAACGAUCUCUCGUAAGGUGGAGGCAGAAAUCCGCGAUUCCUGCCUGCUGCUCGUACAUCGAGUUGGACAAGGGGUGCCCUCGCGGGCCACCAAGUCCAUGAACUCGCGGCUGGAGAAAAGCACAGUCACAUCGGAAGAGGGACUUUCUGCGACAAAACCGCAGAUUGAGUCUCAAUAUACAAAACCUAAUGUCGGCCCGGAGGCAGCUGCUCUGGCAGGAAUCCAUGAUUCUGGCGUCGGGUUAACACAGCAGCCCAGCCGGCAGACAAUGCGCGUGCUGCAGUCUUCGCAGUCUGACAAACCGUCUGAUUUAGGGGCGAAGGUAAACACCGCCGUCAACCAGGAAAGAUGUGCUACAUCGUGUUCCGCGCCACUUGAUACGAAAUCCACGGAGAGAAGAAGCAGCUUCCCGUCCGUCAGCAGUCCCAAACAGCCGGAGAUGGAAUCCUUGGCCGGGGUGGCCACCAUCGGCCACCCUCAGCCACCAGACCAGGACACGAAGAAUUUCCUCGCCGACGAAAGCCAAUCGCCUUCUCUUGAUACCACAGCGGACGGAUCAGAUGACAUGGAAGUGUUCCUCAACCCCGACGCCACGCUCAUGGCAACCGGCGUGGCUAGUUUCUCUUCCCCAGAGACGCUACUGAACCUCUCCUCCCCUGAUGGCAGAGCAUCAGACUUUCAACCAAGCCGCUGGUCCCAGUCCACGACCUCGUGCACCACUCAGGCAGACCACCCACCGGUCAUUGGUCUCGGCACCACCGCCGUCAAGGACACCGAGCAUCAAGCCGGCAUCAUCAUAGACACCAACGGAAACAUGCACGUGAUGAGCGCUGAAGAAGAAUCUCAGCGCAAUAUGCACCUCCAGCAAGCGGUCAUGGCGAAGAUGAAAGCAGGACGGGACGUUGACCCAGUCCACCCGGCGGCUCGGCCCAUCGAGUCCAAGAGACCGGACACAUCUUCCCAACGACCACAAUCUCGACUACACUCCGCCUGGUCCUCCAAGACGAGAGGAACAUUGUCUAAAUGGAGAAGCCGGUUCGACGAGCCCCAAUCGGACAAGACCGCAACGCCGGGCUUUUUCCAGAAGAUCGCCACUCUCUUUGGGAAGCGGCGCGCGCAGGCUGUCUAGGCUGCUUGGGGACUGGUUCUUCAGUUGCCUCAACGCUCUUGUACAUUUGGCAAGACUUUAACAGUCAUAAAUGACUAGUUUAGGGUCCGCAUCGCUUGGAUA